AUGCCUGUGAUGAAGGGAUUACUUGCACCGCAGAACACCUUUCUGGACACCAUUGCCACGCGCUUUGAUGGCACGCACAGCAACUUCAUACUGGCCAACGCUCAGGUGUCCAAGGGCUUCCCCAUCGUCUACUGCUCCGAUGGCUUCUGCGAGCUCACGGGCUUCUCCAGGGCGGAGGUCAUGCAGAAGAGCUGCGCGUGCAAGUUCCUGUACGGCCCCGAGACCAGCGAAGGCAUCAUCCUCAGCAUCGACGACGCCUUGGAGGGACGCAAGGAGUUCAAGGAUGAGAUCAUGUUUUAUAAAAAGACAGUGGUGCUCUUCUGGUGCCUGCUGGACAUUGUACCAAUUAAGAAUGAAAAGGGAGACGUGGUGCUGUUUCUGGCUUCAUUUAAGGACAUCACAGACAUUAAAGCCAAAGCCAUUCAAGAGGACAAGAAGGAAGAGCGGCGGCGUGGCAGGAUGAAGACCGGGUCUCCGUUCAGCUCGGCUCGCAUGCGCAGCAGCACGGUGCUCUACCACGUGUCUGGACACCUCCACAGCCGAGAGAAGAGCAAAAUCAAGCUCAACAAGAAUGUAUUUGGCGACCCUCCCGCCCUCCCAGAGUACAAGGUAGCAGACGCCAAAAAGUCCAAAUUCAUCCUGCUGCAUUACAGCACGUGCAAAGCCGGCUGGGACUGGCUAAUCCUGCUCGCCACUUUCUACGUGGCGGUCACCGUGCCGUACAACGUGUGCUUCAUCGGCGACGACGACGACCUGACUCGCAGCACGACCGUCAGCGACAUCGCCGUGGAGAUUCUCUUCAUUUUGGAUAUUGUUUUCAAUUUCCGCACCACUUAUGUCAGCAAGUCAGGUCAGGUGAUCUUUGACGCGCGGCAGAUUUGCAUUCACUACCUGACCACCUGGUUCAUCAUCGACCUGGUGGCUGCAUUGCCCUUUGACCUGCUUUACGCCUUUAAAGUCAGCGUGGUGUCUGUAGUGCACUUGCUAAAAACAGUGCGCCUGCUGCGCUUGCUACGCCUCCUGCAGAAAAUGGACCGCUACUCGCAUCACAGCACCGUGGUUCUGACCCUGCUCAUGUCCAUGUUUGCCCUGCUGGCUCACUGGAUGGCCUGCAUCUGGUACAUCAUCGGCAAGAUGGAGAUGGAGGCCAACGCCUACAACUGGGACAUUGGAUGGCUGCACGAGCUGGCUAAGCGCCUGGAGUCGCCGUACUUCGCCAUCGGAAACGUAAACAGCACCGCCAGCGGCCCUUCCAUCCGCAGCAUUUACGUGGCCUCGCUUUACUUCACCCUCAGCAGCCUCACCAGUGUGGGCUUCGGAAACGUGUCGGCCAACACCGACACUGAGAAGAUCUUUUCCAUUUGCGUCAUGCUCAUAGGAGCGCUGAUGCAUGCCUUGGUCUUCGGCAAUGUAACAGCCAUAAUCCAGAGAAUGUACUCCCGCUGGUCCCAGUACCACACCAGGACCAAAGACCUGAAGGAUUUUAUCCGUGUCCAUCACCUGCCGCACAGCCUGAAGCAGCGAAUGUUGGAGUAUUUUCAGACAACCUGGUCAGUCAACAACGGCAUCGACUGUAAUGAGCUGCUGAAGGACUUCCCAGAUGAGCUGCGCUCGGACAUCACCAUGCACUUGAACAAGGAGAUCCUGGAGCUGUCUCUCUUCGCCUCAGCCAGCCGGGGUUGCCUGAGAUCACUGUCGCUGCACAUCAAGACGACCUUCUGCGCUCCUGGAGAGUACCUCCUCCGAGAGGGCGACGCUCUGCAGGCCAUCUUCUUCGUGUGCUCUGGGAGCAUGGAGGUCCUGAAGGACGGCAUGGUUUUGGCCAUACUUGGUAAAGGGGAUCUGAUCGGAGCGAACCUGUCCUUAGACGACCGAGUGAUAAAAACCAACGCGGACGUGAAAGCUCUCACCUACUGUGACCUGCAGUGUAUUCAUCUGAAGGGUCUUUACGAGGUGCUGGACCUUUACCCGGAGUACUCGCACCACUUUGUCCAGGACAUCCAGCAAGAUCUCACAUACAACCUGAGGGAGGGACAAGAGACACACGUGAAGGCCAGACUGUCCACAUUAACUGCAGAUCCUCAGUCAGGUGUGAAGAGAAACGGCCGCCUUUUUCAGGGUUAUGCUCCUCUCGCCGAGGCCCAGGGGGAGCACGACAAGGACAAGCGGGAGGAGGAUGAUUGUCUCUCGUCGGAGCAGAACCGAGUGCGGAACCUCAGGGGCACCGACGGGUUGUCUCCGGCGGGCGGAAGAAGCGGCGGUCAGAGCUCUGAGACGUCUCGGAGGACGAGCAAGGAUAUUACACUCCUCACUUUGGACCCUGCCAACCUGAGCCCCAGGAUGGUGGACAGCACAGAGGACAAUGAGGGCGUCUCUUCCAGCCGCGGUUGCCGUGACAACGACCCCAAGAGCGCCUGGGCAUCCGGCACAGACAUGCCACACGACAGCCUGGCGCAGUUUGCGGAAAAAGCAGACGAGACGAGAGGACAGCUGCGACAUCUUAACCAGCAGGUGUUCCACCUGGGCAGGGAAGUUUCAGACCUUGGCCAGAUGAUGAAGAGGAUGUCCCAGCUCAUGGAGACCCUGAUGUCACCCGGAGCCCAGGCGGGACUGGUGUGCUCCCCGGGUCACCACAUGUUCCAGCCGCACACUUCAUGUCUUCCUUCCCCGCCCUUGUCUCAGACUGCCUCCGUCUGGACGGACACGCCCACGUCCCUGCCGCCCCCUUGGCGGCGCGGACCCCGGGACAUUCCUUUUCCUUCCCCCGUCACGGCGGCAGAAGCCGGCCUGACGUCCUCGCCCCUCAGCUCGCCCGAGACAUGUCGACAAGGCCAGGACGGGCUUUCUACUUCCAUCAGGUCAUGGGCAUGCGGUCCACCUCCGCGGGACGGGGGGUAUGCAAGACUUCAUGGAGGCUCUGGGUGCUCGCUUCAGUCUGGACCUUUGGAGAACUUCCAGAAACAAGCCAAGACUUUGUAGCAUUUACUUUUUUUUCCCACGCUCCUUUUUUGGGGAAUGACCUCAUCGUUGAAGGAUAUGUGCGGGGUUGCCAGAUCCCCCAAUGCAUGCACACAAGGUAGUGCUCGCUUAGCGCAAUUUACUGUUAGCCUAGACUCCCCACCCCGUAUUUUAUUAAGCAAUACAGAGCAUAUUCAUGAGUGGACACCAAGCUUUGCAAAGAUUCAAAUAACACUGACAGUUUUGUCCAACUAUUAUUAACCCUUUAUUCUUCCUAAACUGCCAAAAUCUCCCCAAACGUGCCCCCAGGUUUUAUCUUACAUUUGAAUAACUUCAAAACUAUACAAGUUAGACAUAAAAAUGGCAUCACAGACGUUUGGGAGACUUUGAUAAGGUGAACAAUAAGACGUUAAAACUAGAGAUAUCGGACUGCCGAUAUUAUCGGCCGAUAAAUGCUUUAAAAUGUAAUAUCGGAAAUUAUCGGUAUCGGUUUCAAAAAGUUUAAUUUAUGACUUUUUAAAACGUCGUUGUACGGAGUGGUACACGGACGUAGGGAGCAGUACAGAGCGCCAAUAAACCUUAAAUGCAUACUUGGUCAAUAGCCAUACAGGUCACACUGAGGGUGGCCGUAUAAACAACUUUAACACUGUUACAAAUAUGCGCCACACUGUGAACCCACACCAAACAAGAAUGACAAACACAUUUCGGGAGAACAUCCGCACCGUAACACAACAUAAACACAUACCCAGAACCCCUUGCAGCACUAACUCUUCUGGGACGCUACAAUACACUCCCCCUGCUACCCUCUACCCCCCCACCUCAACCCCGCCCACCUCAACCUCCUCAUGCUCUCUCAGGGAGAGCAUGUCCCAAAUUCCAAGCUGCUGUUUUGAGGCAUGUUAAAAAAAAUAAUGCACUUUGUGACUUCAAUAAUAAAUAUGGCAGUGCCAUGUUGGCAUUUUUUUCCAAAACUUGAGUUGAUUUAUUUUGGAAAACCUUGUUACAUUGUUUAAUGCAUCCAGCGGGGCAUCACAACAAAAUUAGGCAUAAUAAUGUGUUAAUUCCACGACUGUAUAUAUCGGUAUCGGUUGAUAUCGGAAUCGGUAAUUAAGAGUUGGACAAUAUUGGAUAUCGGCAAAAAGCCAUUAUCGGACAUCUCUAGUAGACCAAAAAGUGUUAUUUUGAUAUUUGCAAUGAUACAGGUGGGGGGGGACUUGUUGAAAGGUGUUUAUGUCCAAGAAGUGUUGGGUGGGAAGAAGUGUGAUGGUGGGCUACUUCCAAAGCCUUGGCCCUCCUCGUCCUACUGGCGCCCUCUGGUGCUGCACGCAUGCUCUCCUUUCUGAUUGGACAUUUUCUGCUCUUCGCCACCCGUCCUCAGGGAAGGGGGCCAGCUGGCUAUGGUGGGGGUCGGGGGUGUUACGGUGGGCCUCCAGCAGCACACGCCCUGCUGUCCUCCGUCUGGAUCUCCCCGAUACGUCCAUGCCUCACUCCUCCGUCUUCUUCCCCGCAUGCUUUCCUCCCGAGUAGCGCCUGAAGACGCACACCAAGUCUGCAUGUUUCCUAUUGCGCAAGUCUCUUUUCUAUCACUCUACUUAAACGCCCUUUCAAUAACUAACGUGACAUUUUCUGAUGCAUAUUUAUUGGCUUCAUUUGGGAAACAAGCCGGCUAAUUUCAGUCGUGGCCCGCAGCAAAGCGAGGAAUAAAUUGCUUCGUGGUCGGCGCGGCGUACGCCAUUUCAAGGCAAUAUCGAAGACACUUUUAUAUUUAUAUGAAUGUAUCAAUAUGAAAUAUGUAUUUUUGUACUAAGAACAAUGCAAGAUUUGAGGUUGUGCCACUUUUGCUUGCCGGCACAAGCAAGAUAUGAAAAUGUUUUGGCAUUAACGUACAGUAGGCGGGAUUAAGAUGCUCUGAUAACAGAAUGUACUGGAAUAAACCUUUUUUUCUUCUCUUU